AUGUUAGCGCCACGAGAUCAUCAGCAGUGGCUAGCACGGGAUUACAUUGGAUUGGAAUAUUCUUUGGUUUGGGUUUGGGAUGUGCAAAUGGAUAUUCAAGCUCGAAUAGGAAGCUUAACAUCCUCACGUUAUUUCUGGACCACUCGAAAACAUAACUCUUCAUCAUCAUCUUCUUCUUCUUCUUCUUCUUGUUACUCGCCACUGAAACCUUUCUGUUCAAGAAGGGACUCUCAAGAGCCCCAGCAAAACGGUGACUCCAACGGUGAUAAAUUCUCAACAGAUUGGGACAAGGCCUGGUCAAAUAUCAGAAAGCAAGGGAAAACGAAGAAGAAGAAGAAGAGCUUCUUCUCACAGUUCUCUCCAAACAAGUAUGUGACCUGGAACCCUACUCGGUCUAAUUACCCAUCAUCUGAGGAGGUUGAUCCAAUCAAGAGGACAGAGAGGUCCAACCUCAUGUUAUGGACUAGCCCCAGGUUCACUCUUGCAGGGGCUAUUGUCAUUGUCACCUUCCUUUUGGUUUAUACCAUUAUUGCACCAGUUAAGUGA